UCAAAUAAUAUUGUCACACUAUAUUGUAAACAAAAAUAUUUUUAAAUAAAAAUAUUAAGCUAAAUGCAAAUUAGCUUUAUUAACAUUUGACUGCUACAUUCUGGAUGGUUCAAUUACUAUCUAAUAAAAUGUCUGGGGAUGGCUCUGGCGGGGUCGGCGGUGGAACACAAGUGGCACUAGUCACCGGAGGCUAUGAUCACACAAUUAAACUUUGGCAGGCACACAGCGGAGUCUGUUUACGUACCAUGCAACAUCCUGAUUCUCAAGUAAAUGAUUUGGAAAUAACACCAAAUGGACAAAUGGUUGCCGCUUGCGGAUAUCAGCAUAUUAGGAUGUAUGAUUUGGCCAGCGCUAAUCCAGACCCUGUUAUGAACUUUGAAGCUAUCACUAAAAAUGUCUCUAGAGUAGGAUUCCAAGAGAAUGGACAAUGGAUGUACACAGGAGGUGAAGAUUGCACAGCAAGAAUUUGGGAUCUAAGGGCGGGGAGGCCGUUCCAAUGCCAGCGUAUCUUUGAAGUGCCGGCACCAGUGAAUGCGGUGGUGCUGCACCCCGACCAGUCACAGAUCAUGGUGGGAGGACAGAGUGGCAUCAUACACAUAUGGGACCUCAAGACUGAUCACAAUGAACAAUUGAUCCCGGAAGCGGAGGCGUCUAUCCAGGACAUAGCGAUAGACCCGUCAGGCAAGCUGAUGGCGGCGGUGAACAACAAGGGCAGCUGCUACGUGUGGUCGCUGGCCGGCAGCCCGCCGCGCCCCGCGCCCCGCAAGCACCUGCGCGCGCACGCCAAGUACGCGCUGCGCUGCAGGUUCAGCCCCGACUCCACCAUGCUGGUGACGACGUCGGGCGACUGCUCGGCGCGCGUGUGGCGCACCAGCGACUGGUCGCUGCUGCGCGAGCUGCGCCACGACGCGCAGCGCUGGGUGUGGGACGCCGCCUUCAGCAUCGACUCCCACUAUCUCUUCACUGGUUCCUCAGACAGCUACGCGAGGCUGUGGGACCUUGAGAAAGGCACAUUGGAGAGGGAGUACUGCGGACAUCAGAAACCUAUCACGGCUUUAGCAUUUAGAGAUCAAGCGGUGUAGAAAUAAUUACUAAAAAAACAUAGCGUAUUAUAUCAUGCUUGUAAAUUUAAAAUGUAACUUUAAUAUCUUUACUUUAAUGUAGGAUUCCACUGCAGUGACACAUAAUGAAGAUGGAAAUAUUAAUAAAAUGUAAAAGCAGUGGAGUACCGCGGUUAUCUUUAAUAUAAUUUACUGGCAGUGUAAAUACUUAUGUCAGGUUGUAUAUACCACUGUGGUAUUGUGUUCUCAUCAUGGAUGUAUUACUAGAACCGGAUAGACCUCUUGUCGAAAAAUUGAAGAAAUGCGAGACCUCAAUAACGGUACUAUUUUCCCCUCUCUGGCUAUAGUGACCAUAUUGAAAUAUAAUUUUAGGACAAUAAUUAUAAAAAAAAUAUUCGUGAUCUGACGUCAGCAGAGCAUGGCUUUAGAUGGUUUUUAAUCGAAAGUGCUAAUGAUAAACUUCCAAAAGGAUGUUUGGAAUUCGUUAGACCAAAUAAUCUAUUAAGCAUCCUUACGUACUCAACUGUGGCUUCUGUGUGGAACUAGGAUUUACGUAAUUCUUCCCUAACAAAUUAUGUUUAAAACUAUUACCUAUGAAAGGAUAAACCACAAUAAGGAUAGUACUCGCUUCUGCAAGCUUCCACAACACAAGUUCUUACCAUUUUAACAAGGCAAUUCAAAAAAUAAUACGGAUUUCAAAAACGCCGCCAUUGAAGUCCGAUUCGGCGAUGUCAUGCGGUGUUGUCAGUUCAGGUGUUCGAAUUUCAAACAAAUAAAAGAAAACCUGUAUGCCAAUCGCUUUGCGUUAGUAAAGUUUUACAUGUAGCAACAAAUAAUAUUGCUUUGUUGUGUCGGUAAUAAAUGAUUAUUAAUAUUUAAAAACAUUUUGAAAGUAAUUAUUUUUACUGCAUUAAUUUCAUCAAUUGCCUAUUUUUCUAUUAACAACGACAGGUUUGAUAUCUGGCAACUCUAAGUCACUGUUAGAAAGGGAAAUAUCGGACAAAUGUAGCCGUCUUUUCUAUUUUAUUUUGCGUGCAACAAGACUCUUACGCCCUUAGUAUAAGGUUUUAUUUUAACUGCAAGAGGUACACUGUUGUAUUAUUACCUCCAUGGUUCUCAUUUACUAAGUAAAUGUUAUAUGUAAGUUUGAUUUUCUUCUAUGAAAUAAAACACAAAUAUACACUACAGUUGUUUUAUUUUAUCAAAGCGAGGAAAGCUUAUAUAUUAAAAGCUUAAAUAAACAGAUCCAGUUUUACGUAACAGUUAAAUAGAUUACAGUAUCACCAAAUAAAUCGAUACAAAUUCAUCAGCAAGAUAUUUUUUUUAUGACCUUAGGCUAUUGAGAUAAUAGAGUAUUUUUUUUUUAUAUUCAUGUAAACUACAAACAUCUAAGAUGGCAAUGGACUUAUAAAUUAUAAAUUUUCUUGCUGUUUAUUUUCUCUAGAUUAUUCUCGAACUGUCUUCACGCAAAUCUUGACAUGUUAAAAAUUAUUGUAAAGAUAAUUAUUUGGUAACACUGUAUAUGAAAUUUGACAUCACAACAUUUCUUAGUAUAUUUAGGCAAAAUAGUGAAAAGUAAAUGGAAUGUAUACAUUUGCAAAUAUUUUAUUUUGUUUAAUAAAAGGUUGUGAUGCUUUGACAAACUUAUCACAGUAUUAUAUUUGUUUCGUUAGAUUUUAAAAACUAAAAUACAUAAUCUGAAAUUAUUAAAAACAAUGUACGAGUUUCAUGUUUUUUUUAAAUGCACAUUUUCACUAUUAAUGGAAAAGAAAUCGUUUGUCCUCUGUACAUUUCUAAACAUUGACCAGAUUUAAUGUAAAUUCUUGAUCAACAUCAAAAUUAUACAUGUAGGAAUUUUUCAAACAAACAAUAAGUUUUUUAAGCUUUCAGAUAUAAUAAAUUCUCAUAUGUUAUAACAUACAUAAUUACUUAACAGUUAAAUAUUUCUUAAUGUUAAUAAGUAUAUUUGGGAUGUUACUUUUUUUUAAAUAAUAAUUUAGACUAGAACAUAAUUGAUCAGUUUAAUACGACUUAUAUUAUCUUGUAUAAAAUAAAAAGGUAUCCUUUUUGUAUUAGU